AUGUCACCCAUUCCCUUAGUGUUCCUGUGUGGAGUGGCGUUGUUUCUCACCACCUCUGGCUUUCCCGACAAGCCACCUAUACACAUGCCUCCCUUUCAAAAAUCGCCCGUUCACAGGCCACCUCUUCAAAAACCACCUAUUCAUAAGCCUCCAUCUGGAAAAAUCCUUUACAACCCGCAUAUUCAUCAAAAGCCUCCCACUUCCAAAGAACCAUCAGUUGAGAAGUCUCCCACUCACAGGCCUCCAGUCAAAAAGCCGCCCGUGUACAAGAUGUCCGGGCAAAAAACACCUUAUGCUCAUCAAUUAUACCAAGUACCCUCCAUGAGCAAUCUGAGUGACCCAUGA